CCGGUACAAAAUGUAUCUGUACACCGGUUAGUACCAACGAAUUUUUAGAUAGUCUGUAGAUAGAAGAAAUUUAAACAAUAUCUUAGUUAUUAUCUUAGGUAUAUCUUAGUCCAUGGCUACCACGGUCUUAUCAAUCGUGAUUACUAUGAUAACAAAUAUUAAGUCCUAACUAUGGUCUUAGAUUAGGUCCUAACCAUAGAGUUCCUGUAUGGUCCUAACCUAACAUCCUGGUAUAGCCAGUUUCUUCUUAUUAUACCGUGUUUACUGUUAAUAAUUAUUAUAUUGACAACAUUUAUUUUGAGGUUAAAUAAUUGAUAAAGUUGCUUUUUCUUUCCUAUUACUUGUAGUUCGUUUUCGUUUCGUUUCGUAUUUUAGAAAUUUCAUCCAAAAUCAUCCAAGUAAGUAUCAACUUGAAUAUUUAUUUGACAUGUUAUUUAACUAUGUUUUAUAAUAGUAUUUGUAUUUUCUGUUAAAUAAAUUGGAUUUUAUACGAAAAUAUCAAAAGUUAAUAAUUUGUAUUACUUAUUGAAAUGUGUUCCGUUCAUUAUUUUUAGGAUGUUGAUGCCAAAAAAGAAUCGCAGGGCUAUUUAUGAAUAUUUAUUCAAAGAAGGUGUUUUGGUCGCUGAAAAGGAUUUUCACAAACCAGUACAUCCUGAUUUAGAAGGCAUUCCUAAUUUACAAGUUAUCAAAGCUAUGCAGGUACUUAGGCAUUUUCCCUUAUGUUUUAAAAAUGUCAUUAUUGUUAUGUUUAUCAUAUUUUUUAGAGUCUAAAAUCUAGAGAUUAUGUAAAAGAACAAUUUGCAUGGCGUCACUAUUAUUGGUAUUUAACUAAUGAAGGAAUCCAGUAUCUUAGGGAGUAUCUUCAUUUGCCAACUGAAGUAAUUAUGAUAUUUUUUGUUAACGAUUUUAUUUUUCAUAUUUUAUCUUUAUAUACCGUUUUCAAAAAUUAACCAUUGCUCUAAUUUUACAAAUAAAUAUUAAUUUUUAAAACUUCUGUAAUAUAAACAGGUAUUUAUUGUUAAUACAUUUUUAAAUAUUUUAAUCAUUUUUAACUUGAUAUUUUUCUACUGAUUUCACCAAAUUUUAUUUAAGUUUUGUUUCACCAUUUAAUUUAAUGUAUAUGGGUACCUAAAUUUAAAUUUAUUUAAUAGGUAAAUUUUGAUGGAGUUUUCUUAGUGAUAUUUAGUUAAUAUUAUCUAAAGUUAAAUAUAAUUUUAAUUCAAACAUGUUGAGAAAAAAUGUUUUAGAUUCAAAGCAUAGUGAGGAAUAUAUUGGUUUUACAAUGAUUAUUUUUAUUUAUACUGUGAUUAAUUUUUCUACAACAUAUCUUACUCUGAUAUAUUAAGUUGAGUGCCCUUUUGAAAAGAAAAUUGUAUUUAGUUCAGCAGUUCCCAACCUUUUUGAGACUAUUACCCAUUAAUCAGGUUAGACAUUUAUAAAUAUCUAUUCCUCAAAAAAAAAAAUUGAGAAAAAAAAACAAAAACAAAAUAUACAUUAUAUUCGUAGUUGAUUUUAAUUUAUCAAACUAAGAAAACAAAUGAGUUUAUUUCACAACCAAUGAGUAAUGGUAAUGUUAGUUAAUGAGAUAGUUGAUAUUGCUUAUUUCUAACAAUUUGUUUAAUAUUCGGUUCAGUUUCGGCCAAUGCACAUUUUAUGUUGUGUUCUAAGUUCAAUCGGUUUCUUUCUUUUAUUUUUAUUGUUACCAUUGUUGAUUACCCAUUUUCACACUUGUACGUUGUGAAAAAAGGGAUCAGUAUUUUCAAGACUUUCCGAUAAUAAUGGAUACUCGCUACCAAUUUUUCGCCAAAUGUUGCUAGUUGUGUGAUUUCAAAAUCUAUUUUCUGUGUGUUAUCUUCACAAAGUCCUAAAAAUUGCGCUCAACUGGCCCACCACGACGACUCUUGGUCAAUGAUGUGCUGCCGAUCGAUUUUGUUUUAUCAUAUAAACACACGUGCAAACACACACACACAUACACAUACUUAUUUGAAACAAAAGAUUGCUGCUCGUCCGAAACAAAACGUGGAAAACCGAAAACAAAUCCCACAAUUAUCAGCGUCAUUAGGACAAAACUAUUGACGAUAAUUAUAUUAUUACAAUUACUAUUAAAAUCGUACACGUAACUGAUGCUGGGUUAAUAAUAAUGAUAUUAAGUACAUAAAAUAAAAAUAAAAAAUAGUUUGGUUUUUACUUCUUUAAAAAUCGUGUUUUACCCCUUGGGAGUAAUUACUCCCCAAUUGGGAACCGCUGAUUUAGUUGAUACUUUGAGAAAGUCAUUUUUUGAUUUUCUAAGCAUUUAUUAUAAUAACGUUUAUUUUCAAUUUUUUUUUUUAAAUUCAGUUAAACAUAUUCAUAGAGAUUUAAAAUUUGGUAAAAAAAAAACUUAUAUUUACCUUUUCUAAACGUGAUCAAAUUUUCAAAACAUUUGAGCUAUUGAUGAACUUAAAUUUUGCAAUCUUAUUCGAUGGGUUAUCUGUCAAUGAAAUCUUUUGACUGUACCAGAAAUGUUGGAAAAUUUGAAAAUUUUCAUUAUAAAAUGUACAAGGUUUUUAAUAUAAUAUUUUCUCUUUUAAAAGAGUAUCAAAUUUUGAUGACAAUCAUAUGUAUAUAAUCAUAUAUAUAUUACUUGUUUUUUUUAGCAAUGGUUUAUUGUUGCGUACAGGUAUAAAUUAAAUUCCCCUUUAUAUCCUACCUUAUUAAUAAAGUGUCUAUUUUUAUUUUCUAUUUUCUAAAAAUCCAUAUCAUAUUUUAUUUCGUAACUAUGAAUGGACUUAUAUAUGUAAUUUUAUUUGAUAAAUACAAUGGAAUGAAAAUAAAUAUAGAUAAUAUAUUUUUUAUUUACAUUAUUAAUAUUAUAUUAUAAUGAUUUCUUAGUUACAAAUAUAUUUUACACAUGUUACUUUAUGAUAAAUACAAAUUCCUUAUCUAUUGAUAUGGCGGUUUUGAUUUGUGUGGAUAUUGUAUGGCAUAUUAACCUAGAAAAAUUCAGUUUUCAAUUAUUAAUGAUCUGGUAAAAAAAUUAUUGCAAAAUAUACUCUGUUAAAAAUAAGAAACAUAGUCGGCUUCCAAGUUGUGUGCAUUGGCAUAGUCUUCAUUACGUGCAGGUCCCGGAAAGCGAAAAUUAGUCUAUCGUUGACAACUGACUAUCACAAAUAACAUAAAAUGCAUUGUGUAGGUACUCGUACACUGACGCUGUCGUUAAUGCGUGAAAAGUGUGUGAUGACCAUGGUGUUUAUUUCGUCAGUCAUCAGCUGAGUAACAGGUGGUUGACCAAUCAAGAGUAAUAUUGGGCGUGACUUUGACGGUCUGCGAGGAAAACUUAUCACCGCUGACUGAGUUUCUUAUUUUAAACAUAGUAGUUUUUUUUUAAAUCUUUUUUGUAAGAUUAUUUCAAACAUAGCAUAAAAGACCUGAAUUGUAAACAAUUUUAUAAUUUUUUUCGGCCUUCUACAUUGUGCUUAUGAAGACAGUAUUGCAGUCUUAUAUCUAUUUAAGAGGGUUUAUUACUUGAACUAGUGCGAUCUAGAAUUUUGUUCCAAAAUGUACAACACAUACUUGUUUCUAGUUGUCGCAUAUAAUUUUUUCUUUAUUUAUUUAAAUAUAUAAUGUAUUAUUUUAUACUUGCCCAUUUGCAUCAUGCAAUUUUUUGUUAUUUAAUAUAUAUUUUAAAAUAUGCUGUGCAGAGUAAUAAUAAAUUUCCUUGCUUUAGUUUAACUCAUAUACAAUAUUGUGUUACUACAGUUUUUUAUAAGUUGAGCCCACUUUAACCCGAACCAAUUUUCAUUAUUAUUCAAAUAAAUGAUUACAUGGAAUAUAACAAUUGUUUGUCACCAUAGUUUUAGCCAUAUUAGUGAUUUAAACUACACAAAUUUGGGGUUCAUGUCGUAAAAUAAACCAUUAUGGGUUUUCAGCUAGUACUGUCACAUUGACCCAAUUAGAUUACCUUAGUAUGUUAAGAUGAUACAGUAUACAAUGCAUUAAUAUGUUUAGAUUUCUUUUAAUUUUGCUUAUCAUAUUUUGUGUUGCUGUUUUAUUUGAUAUAAUUUGUAUAUAGAAUUCUACUGAAUAGAAUCCAUGGGUAAUUGUAUAAAUAACUCACAAAUAACUGAUAUUGUAUCAUUUGUAAAGUCUGUAUAUUAUUAUAUUAACUUUUUUUAUAUUUUGAUGAUUUAUUGAUUACAAUAUUACGAUUAGUAAAACAACAAUCUAUACUAACUAUAUAAAUUCCACAAAUUAUUAUUUUUAUUGUACACCUACUAAGCCAGAAUGCCAUAUCUUCAUUAAUAUAUAUAUUAAUAUGCAUUUUUCUUUCAUGUACAGUAUUUUGUCAAAACCAAUAUUGCUAAUAGUCGUUUUAUAGAAUAAUAUUUCAGACAUACGACAUAUUGACUUCAAACGUCUGAAUUUUUCAAUUUGUUUGAUGUAUAUAACUCAUUUUUCAAUUUUUUUUUGGACUUGCGGUGUUUUUGCUUAGGAGGGGGCAGUAUUGUUUUGGACUUAAAUUAGUAUUUCUUGUUAAUUUAAAUUUCUUAAUAUUUAAAAAGCUGUAAUACUAAUUUUGCUGACAAAAUUUCCACUAUAUUUGCAUUACACAUCCUGUUAGUACCUGUCAACUUUUUUUAUGAAAUGUAUUAGUUUACAUAACUAAUUAUGUUUAAGGGUUAAAAUCCUAUCAGUAUCUUAUCUAGGACAAACCAAAUUAUUAAUGUAAUUAAUUAUUUGUAUAUAGUCUAAAAAUAAUAAAUAAUAUAGAAUCAGCAUUCUGGUUACAUUAAACUCAACUUUAAAAUGAAGUCACUUUUAAAUUUGAGAUAAAUCUGGUAAAUAUAAUUUUAAAUGCUCAUCAUAUCUUACAUUAUAAAAUAAAAUGUUUAAUAAAACAUUUUGUUUAUGUGAUUAAAUAAUAUUGUACUAAAAGUAAAAAGUUAAAUUAUUAAAAUAAUAUGAACAAUUAUGUAUAUCUAUUAAUAUGAAGUAUUAAUAAUGUUCUAAAUUAUAUAUUUAUUUAAAUAAUUAACUGAUUUAGUUAUGGAGACUGAAAACUAUUUGUACUACACAAAAUUAUUAAAUUGUGUUGAAACUUGGCAUUUUGUGAUAAAAAUGUAUUAUUUAGGUAUAUUUGUUAUUAUGUAUAUUUUAUGUAUAAAUUAACAUUUGCUUUUAGAUUGUCCCAGCUACAUUGAAGAGACAACCCAGACAAGAAACUAGAGGACCCAGAUCUGCACCAGGAGCAAGGCCUGAAGGUGGCCGAUCUGGUGAAGAUCGGGCUCAAUACAGACGAGCUCCAGGUGCCCCUGGAACUGAUAAGAAAGCUGAAGUGGGAGCUGGUACUGCUGAAUUGGACUUUGUAAGUAUAACAUUAAAUUUGCUUAUUAAGCUUUAAAACAAAAAAAGUAUGGUUUUGGUUUAAAUGGCUGACAAAAAAACUCAAAAUAUUGUUAAUUGCUAAUUAUAUAACUUUUAUUCUUCAAAAUAUGUGAUUAUUAUUUUAUAGUUGUACUAUGUACAAUAUUUAAAUAUAACAUUCAAUUAUUUUUUUCAAAUAUAUUUUCUAAGGAUUAUAAUAACUUUCUUAUUAAAUACUUGAUUUUAACAUAUAGUAUUACCUAUAAAUUACGGUCAUUGCAUGUUAGUAUUAAAACACAAAAGUUACAAUGGUAAGAUUAAACACGUGUAACUAUUAGGCCAAUGUUUAUACACACCAUUAUAUUACAUAUUAAUACUAUAUUAUUACUAAUAUUGUUUUUAUAUUAUUUGAUUCAGAGAGGACCUGGAGCAUUUGGUGGAUUUGGACGUGGUAGAGCUCCACCUCAAUAAAUGUAAUUAUUUUUUUAAUGGAUAAUUAAAAAUAAAAAAAAAAGUAAAAAAUACCUUAAUUUGUUUUUUUAAUUUAUUUACCAAUUGCUCUAUUUUCAAUUUAUAAAUUAAAAAAAAGGAUGGACAUACUUCGCAUGUGGGUUGAGCCACUGUUGUAGAUGAGAAGUUGAGAAGGUAGGAUACAGAUGGAAAUAAAUGUAUAUCUGCAAGCUACAGUAAACUAUUUCUAACGAAUAUCGAUUCUGAGCGAAAUUCAGUUGAUAGUGUCGCUUUGUCAACAAUAUAUAUGUAUGUAUGUAUGUAAUAUGUAUAUGCCAUAUUAUGGUAAAAUGAUUACAACAAUUAUUGAUUAUUUAAAAAAUAUUUUAAAAUAAUAUAAACUUAAUAAUUACAAAAAAUAAAUAAAAAUGGUUGUCAAUGACAACCUUAUUUUUAAUCUUUUAAUCUUUUUUAAUAAACAAAGUUUACCUCAUUAUCCCAAAUAUUAAUCAAAAUUUAAAAAAAACGACCUCUUUAAAGUACCACCCAGAGAACAUUUCCUUUCAGAAAAGGUGCUGUACUUAAUAAUCGAAGUAAGUUUUCUGGUAUACAAAGUGUUCACAUAAAAAAAAAAAAACAUUGUAAAUUCAAUACAUGCCUUGUUCCACUUAGAAUCUAAAAUAUUAAAAUCUGUUACAAAUUAGGUUCUAACUUAACCUAACUUAGCACCUAUUUUAGUGUAUCAUACAUUAUGGUGUCAAGCGAAGAUAGUACAUGGUCUAGCACAAUAGAUUAAAUACAAUAUUUAAUCUAUCUAGUAUGCUAGUUUCUAGAAAUAGCACAAUAAUUAGUAUCGUCUGAAAUGGACUUAAGAUGGGAAGAUGCGUAGUUGUCAUUAGACUUAGUAUUUUAGAGAGAUUUUUUUUGAUUUUCGAAACGGUUUUCAUAAUAAUUGGAAAAAUAAUAUGUAAAAUAAAAACGACAUAUUUACAAUAUAUGAUUUCAUUAUUUAAAAAUAUGGUGUAUAUUAUCUACCAGAAAUAUUGCUCAAAUCAAAAACACGACUAGUCACUUUUUUGUACUUGUAUCUAUUUGGUUGGUUAGUUUUUAGUAGUAUUUUUUAUUUUUCCUGUAGUUUCUUUCAUAGCUAAGGCAAACUAAGAAUAACUUUGAAUGAAUAGAAAGUUUAAAGAUAUACAAAUUUUACAAUUUUCAAUUGUUUUUUGGUUAUACUCCAGUUCAAAAUAAUUGUACAGAAAUCUUAAACUAUUUGCCUUUUAUAGAUGCGGUAAAAUUUUUAAAAUGUGUGAACUAUUUACAGACAUUUUAAUUUUGCAAAUUCUUUAAGUAAUUAUAUGGUAGGUAUUAAGGUAAAAUUGUCUGACUAAACAGAAAUACUUGAAAAUUUGACAGUGGUUCAUUAUAAUUCAUACCUGAUGGUAAAACAAAAAAUUGAGUGUAAUGUAGUAUUAAUUUUAGAGUGUAGCAAAUGAUCUAUCGGUUUACUAUGAUUUAUGUGUAUAUUUAGAUUCUGAUCGGAGCGAGGAAUGUUUUUCAGUUUUUUUUGUUUUUUAUGUGACUACUUUCUACCAGAAAGUUAACUCCGAUUGUAAUGUUAAUCAUUUUUUCUCAAAGGAAAUGUUCUCUGGGUGGUACUUUAAAGAGGUUAUUUAUUGAAAUUCUCAAUUAUAUUCGAGAUGAUGAAAACUGUUAAAAAAGGUAAGUUUAAAAAGAUUGAAAAAAUAAAAGUAAGGUUAUCAUUGGCAACUGUUUUUACUUAUUUUUCAUAAUUAUUAAGUUUUUAUUGUUUUCAUCUUUUUCAAACAAUCAUUGUCAUGGAAAUUCACAUUGUUUAAAAAGCAAUAAUACAAAGCGAGCUAUAUUAAAAUAAAAUAAAUUUUGAUUUCAAUACAUUGUUUAAACUAUUAAUCUAUUCUAUUUCUAUACUUUAGCAUCACUAUCAAGUGAAUUUUGCUCAGAAUCGUUCUUUUGUUAGAAAUAGUUUAUCAUUGCUUACAGAUAAAGAUAAAAUUCCUUUCCUAACUUCUCACCUAAACACUGGCUGUACCAGUGUACCCAUGUGAGAAGUAUGUCAGUCUUUUUUUUUUGUGUGAAUAACAUUUCUACCAGAAAACUUGCUCCGAAGUAUAGACUAGAGCACUUUUUCUGAAAGGUAAUUUUUUUUCAUUGGUGCAUUGAGUGAGUAGGUUAUUUUUUGAUUUUCCAAUUAGUUUUCGAAAUAAUUGCAAAAAAAACCGAAAGAAAAGGUAUAGGUAAGACGGAAAAUAUUUACGGUGCAACGUGGCGUUUCCAUUUUCAUUGUUUUUAUUAUGUUAACACGAUAUUUUCUACCAGAAAUAUUGCUCUAAUGUAAAAAUAACAAGUAAUCGAUUUUGUUCCUUAUAUUUCGCCACUGGCAAAGAAUUUCGUUUUUUGAUAGCGAAAGUAUUUUUCAUAAUAAUUAAUAAAAACCAAAAAAAAUACGAAAUAUAUAUAAAUAUAUUAUAUAAGUAAUAAAUAAGAAUAUUCCCAAAAAUAUUCUUAUUAUCAAAAUAUUUAAAAAGGAUCAUUGAUUGUAAUUAAAUUCUUAGAUAGCAGAUACUAGAUUCUAUUAUUAUUUAUAGAUAUAUCGUGGUUUCGUGGGUGUAUCAAUAUAAAAAUAAAUUUGCUCAUGAGUUUACAAACAAUUUAUCACAGUAAAUUACUGAAUCGGUGACUAAAAAUAAACUAAAUUAAAAUAAAAAGUCGAAAAUAUUUCUUUUAUUUAUUCCAAUAUAGCAAAAAUAUGCUAAAAUAGUAUUUAAUAUGUACCAUAAGGCAUAAGCUAAAAUAUUCCGAAAUGUUCUCUAAAGUCAAAAUAUUUACUCAUUUGCAAGAGAAAUUUUUUCAAUAAAUUCUACAGGUUAUGAAACGCAUAUAUUCUUACUUCCCACCAAACAGUAUAUGUUUGUUAAAAAUAUGUUUUUGCAUACAAAUCCAGUCUCUAAUUAUAAUAUUAAAGAAAACGGUAUAUUCUGGAGAGCAAGACGUUGAGUUAAACUUAUAAAUUCUAAUUAUUAUUCCGAAUAUAACGUUCAAUACAUCGUUUAGAAAUAAAGACGAAUUCAUUGUUUUUAAAUAAUUAUAAUAGUUUAAAAAAUUUAAACAAAGAAACGUUCCGUUUUUUAUCUGGAAUAAUGUUUUCUUUUUUUUAUGAUAUAGGUGCUUUUACUCUAAAACCAAAAUUAAGAGGUAUGCUAGAAUAUCCAAAAAAUUAGUUGAGGUUCUCAGCUAUCCCGCGUUAAAUCAAGCAUAAUCAAAACAUAGUAAUAAUAAUAACAACAAUAAUAUAUAUUAAUAUAAAAUUUUUACUACUGACAUGUAUUUAGGAUCAUCUUGGACAAGUGCCCUUUUAGUUCUGAAAACAAACAAGUUAAACCAUUUUUAGUCAAGUGACUAAUAACUCAUAUUUACAUUGUUAUUCUUCAGCUAUAGCUUUUAACUAUAUAUAAUAUCUAAUACCUACUAAAUAAAAUAUAAAUUAAAAAAUAAUAAAUAUAAAAAAGACGUCCUAGGAUAAUGGGGACGAGUGCAGCCAUUGUUAUAGGUAAUUUAAUGUAUAUCUGUUAGCAACGAUUAACCAUUUCUAAUGAAAAAAUGAUUCUGAGUGGAGUUCAGUUGAUAGUGUGGUUGCUUUGUCACAAUAUGUAUAUCAUAUAUUAUGGUAAAAUAAUCACAUUAGCAAUAUACAUUUUCUUUAAAAAUAUUUGUUCAAUAUUGUACCUAUUUUCCCGUUUUUCUCGGAUUCCCCAUUUGUUUGGGAAAACUAAUUAGAAAAUCAAAAAAUUACCUCCUUAAAGUACCUCCCCACACCGAUUUCCUUUCAGAAAAUAUGUUACACUUAAAAAUUGGAGCAAGAUAUCUGAUAGAAAAGUUGUCUACAGAAAAAGAAAAAGAGGACGGACAUACUUUGCGUGUGGGUGGAGCCACUGUUGUGAAGUUCGUAAGGUAGGAUACAAACGGGAAUUUAAUGUGUAUCUGUAAGCUACAGUAAACUAUUUCUAAUGAAUAUAUCAAUUCUGAGCGGAGUUCAGUUGAUAGUGUUGCUUUGUCAAUAAUAUAUAAAUAUAUAUGUAUGUAUGAACGUAGUAUAAAUGGUAUAUGCCAUAUUAUGAUAAAAUGAUUUCAACAAUAUGCGUUUCCAUAACAACAAUGAUUGUGUACAAAAUAUUUUAAAAUAUUAAAAACUUAAUUAUAACAAAAACUAAAUAAAAACCGUUGCUAAUGACAACCUUAUUUUUAAUCUUUUAAUCUUUUUCAACCUAAAAACCGAGGUUUUCUUCAUUAUCUCGAAUAUUAAUGAGAAUUUAAAAAAAUGACCUCUUUAAAGUACCACCCAAAGAAUAUUUCCUUUCAGAAAAGGUGCUAUAAUUGAUAAUCGAAGUAUGCAUUCUGUUAGAAAGUGUUGACAUAAAAAAAAAAAAAAACAUACCUUUGUAAAAUCUUACAAAUUUUUUUACAAUCUUUGUAAAAACAUAAGUUUCUACCCAGAAUUUAAGAAAAUGGACCAAAACUUAAAAGAAAAGCUGCCAAAUUUAUGAUUUCAUUAUAGGAAUAUGCAGUUUUCGAGAGGAAAACAUACGCAUAUAUAUUCGCCGCCGUCCGGGAUUUAAAACUUCUCCCCCUCUCACCUUAGUCGACAAUCAACCCCGAACGAUCGGCCUAUAUUCGGUGGCCUCCACGUUUUACAAUCUCCCCUUGUCCCACAGUCCAUAAGGCUUAUGCGCCUGAACUUAACAACAAAGGAAUUGCGAUGUUUCAGCAUGUGCUCUGAUUUUACUGGGUCACGCUCUACAUAAAUAUAAUGUAAUAUAUUUUCGAGUGUUUGUAGGUAAUCAUUUUAUAUGUUUUGGUAUCGAUUAGUUAUAAUUUUAUAAAUAAUGUUAUAAUCUAUAAGGUAUAAGGUACUCAAUAUCAUCAUUACACACGCGCUUAAAACUACAAUGAAAAUCAAAAAAAAAAAAAUACCUUACCAAUGUAUCAGCUACUCUAGACAAUAUUAUUUGAUACCAGAAACCAGUGACAUGGCGAACUUGAAAUAAUAUAUAGAAGCGAAAAAUGUUUUAGAGAUAAAGACUCGUCCCAAUCUGAAUCAUAUAUUCAUGGGGGUUAACCUGCUAAACCAGUGGAAAAUUAUCAGCAGUGUUAACUUAUCACAUAAUUCGUGAAAAUUAAAAAUAAUGAAAUUGGUAACGUCAUGGCACGCCACCGUAAAUAUUUUUUCGUUAUGGAUUCGUUUUCGUUCCGGGGAUUUGGUAGUUGUAUCCCUCCCAAGAUCUUUUUUUUUUUUAAAAAAAAAAAGACUGGGAAACUACAUUUAUGUACUUAUUUAAUAACUAUAAAUAUUAUUAUAAUAUUAUAUAGUCUAUAUUUUAUAGAAAUAAUACAAAAAAAAAAAAACCGAAUCUUCUAUACUAGUUGUACAUUAAUAUUUCAUAAAUGCAGUAAAACAUCAUUUAUACCCUCUAAAUGAGAUUACAUAUGUAGUAUCUACCUAAGGAAUAUUAGACAAAUAAGCAGUAAAUGAUAUAUUCUAGAAAAAAAAGCAGUAUACUAUGUUGUGUAGUUUAUUGAUUAUACGUUUAGUAAAUUUAUUUAGCGGCAUAAAUACUGCGUAUGUAUCUAGUAACCUUAGAUUAUCUGACCAACAGUAUACAGUAUAUACAUGUUUAUAAUUGAAUGCCAAUAUUUAGAAUUAUUUUACAAUUAAUUUUACAUUUUAUAAUUCCAUAAAGUAAACAUAUUUCAAUGAGUUUGUUCCUAACUUUGAUUAGUUAGAAUUAGUUAGUUUUUAUAUUUUAGAAUUUAUUUAUUUUAUUUUUAGAAUCAUAAGUAGGUACUAUUAAUAUUUAAAUAGUAUGUAACACACAGACCAAGUUAUGAUCGAUUAAUCAUAUCAGACAUUAGUUUAUACUUUGUUUGCUGAACUAUUUAGGUUUCUAAUAAUGAAACCUAAUUUUAAAAAAAGCGAUUUUUAUUAAUUAAAUACGAGGUACAUACGUGGUUAAACUAUGGUGUUUAUAAUUUGUUUUUGUUUUAAAAAAAAAGAAAAAAUAUAUGUAUGGUUGAAUUGGUUGAUACUACUUUUUUAAUUGUAGUUGUAAUAACUUUUGACUAUCACAAAAUAUGCAGUAUCUACUUAAUUUUUCUAAAAAGAGUAUAAGUUAUAAAUAUUUGAUUUAGGAAAAAUAAAAUUAUCCAGAAAGAUUUUUGAGGUAAAUAACUACAAAUAAUGAUCAAAUCAUUAUUGAAUAAUGUUGUUAACAAGCGAAAAGUUAAAAAAGAAGAAAACUCCAUUUCCUAACAUAUGCAUUUUUGUAGAUACUGCCUUUCACUAUGACAGGGCAGCAUAGGUAUCACUAUUGCAGUAUUGCACAAAUAUACUUAUAUAUUGUAUUAUGGUAAUAGUACGAAAAUAAACCACCGAGCGGUCAAGUGUUAUUUCGACUGUUAUUAGCAAAUCAACGACGGAUCUGAUUAUUUUAUCUAUAUUAAUUAAUAAAGACUAUGACAAUAUUAUACACAUUAUCAUAUGCAUACAUACGUUUAUUGCACUAAAAGAUGCUUAUGAUAAAUACAAUUUUUUGGAGGCAGGGGAUACUAGGUAAAAUAUAAAAAAAACAUUUCAUCUCCCCCAUAAACAUCACCAAAUAACGCCACUGUGUACCAACUAUAUCCAAAAUGCAACAAAUAAGGUCUCUUGUCAUUUUCUAUAGGAGCAAAUAAGGCCGUAAUUGAACCGAUUUUAUCGGGUCAUUUUUUCGGAGCCCAGUCCUAAGCCUAUUUUUAAGGAGCCCAGGACUACCAAAAAGCUUAACCAUCUCAGUCUAUUUUCUAUUUUUUCUUAUUGCAGCUCGCUCGCUUAAUUUUCAAAAAUUAAUUGAAUAUUGGAUCACAACUAUAGUUUUGCUCAUCACAGACUGUCAGCCCACCAUUGACUCAGGCCUAUAGUCGUGAAACCCGCGUACCCAUGUCAAAGUUUGUUAUAGUGUUAUACUAUCAUCCGGAUAACUUUGUAUAAAAUAAUACCCAUUUACUGCCCCGGUACCUUAUAGUGAUAAUGUGAAUAACAAUAAUAAUAGUAAUAGUUAACUAUUACUAUUUAUUUUAUUGUUAUAAAACAAUAACAAUAAUAAUAAUAAUAAUAAUAAUAAUAUUAUUGUUGUUGUUGUCGUCGUAGUAAACGUCGGUGGCAAACGAAAAUAUCGAUUUUUUUACCGUUUAAAAGACAAUCGCGUGGGCAUACGCGUGUAUAUACGUAUAAGACAUGCUAUGCUGUGUACAUCGCGACGUAUUUAAACCCUUCGUCCCCUCCCCUUUUUAUGUACGACCACCGCAGCUGCCAACACAAAAACCGUUCGGUAUUAUUUUUCCCGUUAAGUCCGCUGCGGUCUGUCUACGGAAUCGCGGGCGGGCGAUCGCUCGCGGUGUGCGCGCGCGCGCUCAAAACACACUCGGUCAAGGUCUCUGUCGUACGCUUCCCCUCCCCCCCUCCCCCACCCCAUCCACAGACUGCCCGCCCACGAACGGCCCCCCAAUAACAGGCGUCUUUCGCCGCAGCCGCCGCCGCAGCUGACACUAACCCUCGUGCGCUCGGCCCGGCCCUGCCUCGCCGCAUCAAUUUUCUCGCCUGCCCGGAUCCGCUAAACUAUAAUCCUCCGAUAAACGCCGUUCGCCUUGAUGAUGUACCUAUACACACCACCUAUUUACCCACCAGUUACGACAUGCCGUCCGUGCAAAUAAUAUAGUGUGCGUUAAGCGGCAAACUCAUCAUCUCUAUAUCGUCACAAACCCACUGUUAUCGUAUACGCCCGUCGUUUUAAUCAGGAGCGUCAUUCAACGUGGGGUUACGGCAGGGCGUUCACAUAUGCCUCUUAAGCACACACAAUACGCAUUAUUAUAAUUCGAUUUUGGUCAGACUCUAACGAUAAUAAUAUUGAGUGUGUUACAGUGCAGGGGUGGAUUUAUGGAGGAAGGUAACGUGACAUUCACCUCCCUUUACUUUUCUUUAAACAGAUUUGUUUUUCACACUUUAUUUAAAACCACGGUGCCUAAAUCGUAUUUAAGACAAUUUAGUAUUAUAGUCAGACGUAUCUGAAGAUAAUACGUUUGAGAUACCGUUUAUAUCACAGUUGUAUAUAUUACUACUAUAUUAGUAAUUGACGAAGUGAUACCAACACUAGACAAUUUUUAAACAAUAUUAUCACCAACAUAAUAUGCGUUUCAUUUGUUUUUUUUUUCGUAAUAGAAGGAACGGAAAUUUGCGUUCACGUUUCAUAUAAUUAGGAACUCUUUCCGUUUCUCGUUCCUAUGUUUGAAAAGGAACGCGCUUCUAAGCUUUGUUCUUAAGAAAGAAAUGCGUUCUUUCCCAACACUGCCACAAAGUACGACUUAUAUUAAACCUUCUAUUAAAUUUUCAAGCAUUUCUGUUUGAUCUAACAAUUUUAUCCACGAGUACCUAUCGCAUAAAAAUUACGUAAAAAACUCGUAAAAUUAUUAAAAUGUCAAUAAGUAGCUCAAAAAUGGCUAAAAUAUUUUGAAAAUUUUAUUUCACGUUUUUUUCUAAUUAUUAUGAAAACUGCUUGGAAAAUCUAAAAAUCACCCAGAUAAAAUAUCAUUUUAUAAAAAAUACUAUUUUUGAAAAUCAGAAUAAGAUUUCUCGUAGAAAAGUUGUUUACAGAAUAAAAAAAAAAUUAUAAAAUCAUUGUAAAAACAAUGCAUUUCUUGCUUCGCUCAAAAUCUAAAAAUAAAAAAAAGGCGAAUAUUAACAGAGAUAUAAGCAUCGGGAAAAUACGGUGGAACAUUCUGUAUAUCCGUGGACAGACAUGACGUCAUACGGCAUCGCUGAGGUACCACCUUUAUGUAAGUAAGAUUAUGAAUUUAAAAUACAAUAUAUUAUUUUGUUAUUUGGUGUGUUUUUCACCCCAGCCGACUGAACUCGGUUUUUAUCUCGCAAGAAUUUCAUUAUUAAGAUGUGAUUUUUUUGCUCAGAAAGUAUUUAUGUUGUCAGUUAAUAAAAAUGUUCAGAAUAUUUUAUCCAUUACCUUAAAGGAUUCACAGAUUUUCUGACCAGUCGUACUUUGUUUCAUUGCUUUGAAAUUUGUUUUAGAAUCUUAACAUUCCAUCUAAAAAAUUAAAAACUGACAAUACAUUUAUUUUUGUUGAUGUCAAGGUUACUUCGGUUACAAGGGAAAAAAUACGACUAUAACACUGUAUUAUAAUCUUAUAAGUUUAUUGAGUUCCACUCAGAAUAAUUUUUGAAUAGCCUAUAUCAUAUACCUUCCCAUCUAUACUUAUGGUGCGAAUAUGUCCGGCUUUUUUAAAAAUCUAUUUAGAAGCAGAUGUUUUAUGCUGACACAACAAUACGCUAUGAGUUUUCUGUUUUUAUUCCGGACUAAAAAUGUAUAAAUAUUAUAAUAGUAAUUAAAUGUUAAAUUUUGCUUCGAAUAAGUAAAUCUGGCUAUUACAUAGAGAAAGGCUAGUUCAAAAAUAUACAAGAAAUGUGUGUACCUCUUUUAGUUUGCCACCGUUUUGUACUUUAUAUAUUAAUCGACUUUCAUAAAGUUCAAUUUACGAUGUACUGUACCCAAAAUUUCAUGGAAACUGUACUCGUUUAGUGUUUAAAUUUUAAAAUUAAAAUCUCAACUUGACGCUUGAAAACUAAACGUUAUCGGUAAAUAAUAACGAAUUGACAAAAUAAUUUUCAGUUUGGUUAUGCAAAGGUAUUUGUAUGGGCUAUUUGAAUUUUCUGUAGCAUACCUACAUAUAUUAUUAUUGUGAAAGCGAGUUCAUUCAGCUUAGUAGAAAGGGAGAGAACGAAGUGUGAAGGCCCUUACUAUUAUUAUUUAAACUUUUAAGUCUUUUAUCCAAUUAUAUAAUAUAUGUUGAAAACACGUUGUUUUUAAUCAUCUGUUUACUUUUUUUGGUGUACAUCACAGUUUAACGACUGUUCAAUCAGAGGUUACGAAUUUUGAACGAAUAGUAAUACAGUUUUAAAUUGGUAUUUUUACAUUUAAACUGUAGUUAUUAUUCGAAGUCCUUUAUUCAACUAUCUUACAGUAUUUAAUUUCCCGAUAAAUUCUUAUUUGUUAGAAAAAGUACCGAAUCAUUAUAUUUAGUAUUUUUAUUCGUCGAAUACGCCUUUUUACUAUUUUUCAAUAUCAACUCAACUCAUGUAAUUCGACAAAUAAAUGUGGUUGAAAAACCGAACCAUAUGUGUUUCUCCUGUUAUUCGUAGUCUGAAAGCACGGACAUUCCAAACUUCGAAAGUAAUUAAUAUUAUGAUUUUAGUAUUUGCAUGAAUAUUAUUAAGUAUGAAAGUUUCUUUUCUUCAUUAAAUAUAGUCCUAUUAAAAUUUUGUGCAACCACGGCUUUAUAGCCGAGGCCAAAAUAAUUUUAUCUUUAUACAACCAAAUAAAAACCAAACAUACUUGGAAUUAAUGUCAAAUGCCUAUAAUAAGAUCAUAUAUAACUCAAAAGUUGGCAAAAUCGUAAUUAAUGACAUUUUUACUAUCCUAAACUUUUCCUUCCCCGGUUUUUCGCAAUUAUUACAAAAACUGAUUGGAAAAUCAGAUUUAGAAUUAGAAAUAGAUUUAGAAUUCUAUAUUAAAAAAAACUUAAAAUAAUGGGGACGGGUUCAGAUACUAGUGUAGGUGAGAAGUUAGGAACGUAGGAUAUAGACGGGAAUUUAAUGUAUAUCUGUAAGCAACGAUAAACUUUUGCUUACGAAAAAACGAUUCUGAGCGGAGUUCAAUUGAUAGUGAUGUUUUGUUAACAAUAUAUAGCCAUUUUAUAGUAAAAUAAUUAAAAAGGCUUUCUAUAUUUUCUUUAAUAAAAUUUGUUUAAUGGUGUACCGAGUAUAGUACCAGCAAAAUUGUUGGUAGAAAAGUUGUUCACAGGAAAAAAAAUCGUGAGAUUUAUUAAAUUUCGUAAAUAUUUUCGUUUUUUUUUUUGGGGGGGGGGUUCAUAGUUGAUGAGACAAAUCUUGAGAAAAUUGAAAAAUGACUUCCUUAAAGGAUCUCCCCACGCCGAUUUAAUUUCAGAAAAAGUGCUACACGUAGAAAUCCGAGCCAAGUUUCCUGGUAGAAAAGUUGAGUACAGAUCAAAUAAAUAAAUAUCUUUGUAAAGUUAUAAACUUCCUCCCUCCACUCAGAAUCUCAAAAAAUUUCUCUUAUCGUUUUUAGAUUGAAUAAAGAUUUCUGGUGUCUACAGGCAGAAAAAACGACACAUAAUAAUGUAUUGGACAUCACUCACUGUCCUCCAAAUAAAAAAAAAUUCUAAACUAUAUAUUAUACAUAUAGGUAUAUAAAUAUUUGAGGGCAGAAUUCGGGUUCGUAUAGGGACACGUGUUUUCCCAUAAUGAAAUGCACCCAAAACUGGCACAACUGGUGAU